AUGUUACAGAACACCUGUCUAGCACUCGCUGCUGUAAUUAUCAGCCUUGGUCUCUUUGCUCGAAUUACUGGAUCACCCGUCAGUUCCGAGUGUCAGAACCUAACUCCGGAAGAAGAAGAGAAAAUGCUUGAAGAACAUGAUAUCAAUUCCGAUUUCCAUGACAAUUUUCUACCACAGAUAUUGAGUGGAGGCUCCGAGGGACAACAGACAUCUCUCAGUGACCUUCUACAGCAAUCACAAAUGAAUUAUCCAACUACUUGUCCAAGCCCAGGCGACGUGCCCAGUUCCCCCUCCACACCCGUGUACGCACGAUCGUCAUGCCCGUGGUACCUACGCCUGGAAAACGUUCCUAAUCGUCACCCUAAAAUCAUUCCUGUGGCGGUGCCUCGGUGUAACGCUACCCAGUCCUGUGUUGGAAUCAGCGCGGACCAGAAAAGUAACUUUGAAUGUGAACGGGUUUACGUUACAAUGAAAGUACUCCGGAAAGUGAAAUGUUCGGAAACACUGUCAAAGUGGGUCGAGGGUACAGAAAGGGUAGCUGUUGGCACUACUUGUGUGAGGACAAAACAACAGGAGAGCAGCUCAUCGGUAAAUCAGGGUCCUCCCACCAUUUAA